AUGUAUCGUUGCCAUUAAAUAAGGCACCAAACAUGCAAGUGUGACGCAGCAAAAGACCUUAAAAGUUGAUAAGGUCAGUGUUAAUUCGUAGUGUAAACCCCCCAGAGGAACACUGUGGGAAUGUCACAGCUUAAAGCGUGUUAUUCAUGCAGGCUAUUGAACAAACGUCACAUGCGUAGCCUAAAUGUCAGCCGUGAAAACUACCACAGGGGAGCAGAAAAGAAAAAACAAGAACAAACUGAGCCUUUCUACACAUACCUCUGCCCGUUUACCGUCCAGUGAUGCAGGAAUGUGAAGGAUGCUGAGUGUCCACCUGAUACACUGCUCUGCGCCCGGGGGAGGGUCUCCUCUCUCUACUCCGGCUGCCAUCACAGGAUCCGCUCAGCUCGAGUGCAUGCAGGGAGGGAGGCGGGCAUCCUCAGAGAGAUCUGCCAGGAACAUGAUCAUCAUCAUCAGGGAAAGCUAAACGCAUCAUUCGGCUCCGGUUAGAUGAUUCGACAGCUUCUUGUGUUUUGUGUUACUCUCUAAAAAGGAGAAGAGGGGGAAACGUCGGUACCGAGCAGGAAAGACAGACACCGAUAUCAUCAGCUGCUGCUACUGCGCCGUGUGAGGCGAGGUCACCGCAAAGUACCACGGUUUCCAACAUCCCCUGUGCCUUGAUUCCGCUGUGAAGCUCUGCGACCUCAAGCAUAAAAAAGGCAUCUUUGUCAACUCUUCAUCCAGUAUCUUUAUCGCUACUUUGGAGAGAAUGUGAGCAGGAGAUACCCUGAGGGUCGAAGAAGCCCUAAUAAGUCAAACCAAGAGAGUAACUGGGAUCACAUGACUGCUAUGGACUGAGGGGUCAACUGAUACCAGAUCACACUGGUCUUGCUUGGAAGUUGACAAUGGUGUUAUUUCUGGUUGGGAUCUCUAUCGCUGUGAAUAAUUCAUCUCAUGAGAACCAAACUGCAGAAAACCCCACCCAUCAGGGUGCUCAUGUGCUGCCCUCAACACUGGUCAUAUCCCUGCUGCUUAUCAUCGUUGUCCUGCUGACCAUCUACUGUCUGAGGUUUAAAAACCACAGGAAAGCUCUGGUUACCUCUGUGGAUAAAAAGAUUCCAAAUGGCUUCUUGGAGGAACAAGGAGAGCAGACAGUGGUCCUCCUCCCCAGAUCUCCCUCGCCGUCCAAGAGGUACUUCCCCAUCCCUCUGGACUCGCUGGAGGAGGAGUACCGGAUACGCUCUGCAGACGAUGGCAAGCUCUUCAGAGAGGAGUUCAAUUCGCUGCCGUGUUACUACCACCACGGGUCCUUUGAGGAGGCGAGCAGAGAGCACAACAGAGAGAAAAACAGAUACCCAAACAUUUUACCAUAUGAUCAUACAAGAGUGGUGUUAAAUCAUCUUGAUGGACAUGUGUUUUCAGACUACGUAAAUGCAUCUUACAUAGAUGGUUUUAAAGAAAAGGGCAAAUUUAUUGCAGCUCAAGGUCCAAAGCUUGAAACAGUGGCCGACUUCUGGCGGAUGAUUUGGGAACAGAAAACAGCAACUAUAGUAAUGCUGACAAACCUAAAAGAAAGGAAGGAGGACAAAUGUUUCCAGUACUGGCCGGAAAAAGGCUGCUGGAUGUACGGGAAUGUCAGGGUGGCGAUGGAGGACUUCACCGUCCUGGUGGACUACACCAUUAGAAAAUUUUGUGUUCAAUAUCAGGGAAGCGAUGGUCCCCGAGCUCCCCGGCUGGUCACCCAGCUCCACUUCACCAGCUGGCCAGACUUUGGGGUGCCGUUCACACCCAUCGGCAUGCUGAAAUUCCUCAAGAAGGUCAAGGCUGUCAAUCCAUCCUACGCUGGACCCAUCGUGGUGCACUGCAGUGCCGGGGUUGGGAGAACUGGCACGUUUAUUGUCAUUGACAGCAUGAUCGACAUGAUGCACAUGGAACAGAGGGUGGAUGUCUUCGGCUUUGUGAGCAGAAUACGAGAGCAGCGCUGUCAACUCAUCCAGACAGAUAUGCAGUACUCCUUCAUCUACCAGGCUCUGCUGGAGUACUAUCUGUAUGGAGACACGGAGCUAGAUGUGUGCUCUCUGGAGGGCCAUCUGCAGAGGCUUCACAACACCAGGGCUCCCCACGACAGGCUGGGCCUGGAGGAGGAGUUCAGGAAGCUGACCAACGUGCGCAUAAUGAAGGAGAACAUGAGAACUGGGAACCUUCCUGCCAACAUGAAGAAGAACCGUGUGCUUCAGAUCAUUCCAUAUGAUUUCAACCGAGUAAUACUCUCAGUGAAAAGAGGACAGGAGUUCACCGACUACAUCAAUGCCUCCUUUAUUGAUGGCUACAGGCAGAAGGACUAUUUUAUCGCAACCCAGGGCCCCCUGUCUCACACAGUGGAGGACUUCUGGAGGAUGGUGUGGGAGUGGAGGUGUCAUUCAAUCGUUAUGCUCACCGAGCUCAAAGAGAGGGAGCAGGAGAAGUGUUUCCAGUAUUGGCCAUCAGAGGGCAGUGCUACAUUUGGAGAUUAUAGUGUGGAGCUGACUGGAGAUACUCAGUGUGAAACCUUCACGCUCAAAGACAUGGUGCUCACCAACAGACCAGAAAAGCAGUCACAACACGUCCGACACUUCCACUUCCACGGAUGGCCUGAGAUCGGGAUCCCAGCCGAGGGGAGAGGAAUGAUUGACAUUAUCGCCGCUGUGCAGAGGCAGCAGCAGCAAUCUGGAAACCGUCCUAUAAUUGUUCACUGCAGUGCUGGUGCAGGUCGGACCGGUACCUUCAUCGCCCUCAGUAACAUUCUGGAGAGGGUGAAAGCUGAAGGCCUCCUGGACGUUUUUCAGACAGUCAAGAGUUUACGCAUGCAGAGACCACACAUGGUUCAGACUGUGGAGCAAUACGACUUCUGCUACAGAGUGGUUCAGGAUUUUGUCGACAUCUUCUCUGACUACGCCAAUUUUAAAUAAUAGAGGCUGUUGUGUUUACGUAUGUUGAAUUAACUUAUGCAUUUUUGUCUGAAUGUUAUUUUCUAAAGCAAGCUCUUUUUACAUUUUGCACUUGAUAACAGAUUUCAAAACUGUUGUAACAUAGUGUAAUAUAAUGGAAAUCAUCUGCACUUCAGGAGAGUCUGUCUAUAUCAGGAAUGUCUGAUCUUUGAGUAUCCCUAUAGAAUGGAAACAUUAAAAUGGCUUUGUUGGGUAUAUGAUUGAGUAUAAAAAAGUUCAUGUUCAACAUUAUGAGGGUCAAUAAAGUGUUAAAAAGGGAAUUAAAAAAACAGUUUUCCCCCUUUAUCUAUAAAAUGAUGUGUAUACAUUGUAGUACAUAUUGCUUCCCACCUGAAAUGCAUCACUUCUGUGUUGUAGAGUAAACACAUACUCCUUCUUUUGCUUGAUUUUGUUACAGACCUCACUGCCUUUAGCUUUUGGUCUUGUAUUUAUGCUGCCCACUUAACAUGUUUGAUUGCUAUUAGGAGAAUAAUAGUGUUUUAUAAAUAGGGUAAAAUGAUUAAUGCUUAAUGUACUGUCCGACUUGUAUUAAUAAUAUUGUGAUCUAGUUUUGGCUCAAAGAAAAAAAACACAAAACUCCAGAUACAUUUCAUUCUGCAAUACACUGCAAAUGACUUCACUUCUGUCUGUGAAUAACUUAACAGCUGCUGCCUGUUGCAAUUUCAUUCAACUUCGACAACUUUCUUCUGUUGCCUGUGGCAAUAUUACUGAGUAGAUUGGCGCCUGACGCUGCAAAAUGCAAUUAGCCCACAUUGGAACAGGCAGAAAAUAAAGUGGAGCUUCAUGAAUCCAACGCUAUAAUUCUUACAAAUGUUUUGCUUCACCAUGCUUUAAUUCUAUAACAUUUUUAUACACUAACUUAUCACUUGCAUGUUUGCAUAAAGCAGUGCCAUAAUGAUUAGAAGGACACUUCUAAUCAUGACAGACUUGUCACCAAGUGACACAAUUUUAAUACAGAUAAGCCAGAUGUUUAUGUUUAACCUAUAAUAUAAUAUACACAUUUUUAAAAGUGUAUUGUUUUUCCUGUAUGGAUCAUGUUUGUACAAACACUUCUCAGAAUAAUAUAAGAAUUACAAAUGUACAAUAAUUUUAGUUAAAACAAGUGUGCAAGAUACAGUGGAGAGAAUCAGAAAUACAUACAUUUGUGUUUUAAUGAAAGGGUUGAAUGAACACGUCGCAGCUGAACCUUGUUCAUCCUGAGAAACUGAGAUGAAAAGUGUCUGGAACUGUGAUUUAAUAUCAAGAGCCAGUGCUCAGCCAAAAUAUGAAAUAUGCAUGUAAAGGCAUUUUGACAUAUUUUGACUAUGAUAGUCUUAGUUUCAUAUUUAAACAAGGAAACCCAACAUUGCUGCAAAAUCAAAAGCAUAUAUUUUUGCAAGGCUUCUGCAUACUUCUUUUUAGAAGAGUAAGACUCAAGUUUGGGUGAAAAAAAACUUUCUACUCUGUUUGUACUUCCAUUACUAUAAAGUCAUAAGAUGAGUUUAUACAUGACACUCUGCUCAUUUCCUUUAAUGAUUGUACAUAAAUUCCUGUGGUCAUCAUAACUUCACUAAGUUUCCUGCAUUGUUAACUUCAUUUCAAUGUGUUUUCAUGCUGAAAGAAUAAGACAUGGGGGCGAUGACAGUGCGGCCUUGCAGCUGAUGUUACAUACACGCACAAGCAUCUUGUUUCAGUGAUGUUUCUGCCUUUUCAAUCUGUACGGACCUGAACUGCUGUUUGUUUGCUAAAAGCUGAUUCCAAUAAAUUAUAGAUGGAGAGAAAUGUCA